AUGGAAAGCCUCUGGGUAAUUUUUAUCUUGUUGCUGGCACUUCAGGAAGGAAGUUCUCGCUGUAAUAAGCACAAGGACUGUUACACGUGUAUAAAUCAUAAAACAUGGAGUAAUGGCCGGUGUCGUUGGUGCCCUUUAGACCAGUCCUGCCAUGCUAAAUGGUCUCUUAGGAAUCACUGUAUCAGACUGUCUUUCGAUAGCGGAUAUCAGUGUAGGACUGUUGAUAAUUCGAACGAUAAAUUGUCUUACAACGCAGACGAAGCUUACAAGCUCGCAUUGUUUUCUGCGAUCGCUUAUUCGGACGUGCCUGCUAAAUGUCUGACGGAACUUUUCCCCAGGAGCGACUAUAGUCUCGUCUCCGUCCUUGUCAAGAAAUGUGAUGAUUUUUAUUUUGAUUACGAGAAACAGUGCCAAGCUUUAGUGGCUUAUUCGACAAGAAACAAAGAGAUCAUAGUGUCAUACCGUGGAACUAGGGGAGAGAAACAGGUGGUUGAUCAAGUGCUCGCAGUAAUCGGAAUACCUUCAGUGUCGUCUGGUGUGGGUGGUAAAGUGCAGAAAUACUUCAAUAAUGUCCAUAGUAAAUUUUACCGUGAUAUCAAGUAUCUUCUUCAAGAUUUGAUACAAUGGUUCCCCGGAUAUAAAGUAAAGUUGACAGGACAUUCACUAGGAGGCGCUGCAGCGUCCAUAGCAAGCGCCAUGCUUGUUAAAAAUAACGUUUUGAAAUCAGAUCAAAUUCUCCUGUACACAUUCGGUAUGCCAAGAGUCGGGAACAAAAGAUAUGCCCUUGCCCAUGACAGACUGGUUCCCUACAGUUGGAGAGUUGUUAGGAGUGGUGAUGCUGUUGCUAGGCUUCCGAUUUGCAGGCUGGGAACCUGUACAUUAUUUAAUGGGCCCUAUCAUCAUGGGAAAAAGGUUCUGUAUACAGAUUCAGAAAUGGACAAAGACUCGAAUUAUAUCGUCUGCAACGGAAAUGAAGAUUCCAAAUCAAAGUGCGAGAACAAUAGCAGAAGAAAAAGACGUUUUGUCGACACUUUGAUAAAUAAACACAAACUAUACUUUAAUAUCCCGAUUGGCACCUAUUGUCGCGAUCAUAUUCUGAAAAAAUCGUAA